AUUUUUCCCACUGGCCGCCCGCAUAGCUCUCCGGCGGGUCGCACGCACCGACCGACCUUACCUUUACCCUGCCUCACCCUCUCACCCUCUGACCAUCGGCGGCGCGCGUGGCGCGUGGGAAAACAUACUAGAGACGCGACCGGAAAAGAAAGACAGAUAAUAAUAUAUAAAAAAACGCGGGGCGUCAACAUGGCCGCUCGGCCCUCUGCGCUGCGCAGAGCUGCGCGCCUAUCCGCGUCCGCCGUGCGCAGCUCGCUCCCCUGGUCCCCUCACCCGCCCGUCUGCCAACAGGCGCACAUACGACUCCUCUCCUCGACGACCCGCGACGGGCACCCAGCCGCGGCGCCGGGCCCAGCUUCCUCCGCGACACCCGAUGCCGCCGCGGACAGCGCGCCGCGGACGACGCACUUCGGGUUCCAGGACGGGCUGACGGAGGCGGAGAAGACGGAGCGCGUGGCGGACGUCUUCCACCGGGUGGCGGAGAACUACGACCGCAUGAACGACCUGAUGUCGUUCGGCUGGCACCGGGUGUGGAAGGACCACUUCGUGGCGUCGCUGAACCCGGGGUUCGCGCCGCCGGGCGCGCCGCCGCAGCCGCUCCGCGUGCUCGACGUCGCGGGCGGCACCGGCGACAUCGCGUUCCGGAUCCUGCGGCACGCGCACGGCGUCAACGGGAACCCGCACGUGCGCGUGACCGUCGCCGACAUCAACGCGUCGAUGCUGGCGGUCGGGCGGGAGCGCAGCCGCGGGCGCGGCGUGCUGACGGAGGCGCAGCGCGGCGCGCUGGACUUCCUCGAGGCGGACGCGACGCGCUUCGACCCGGCCGCGGUGCCCGACGGCUCCGUCGACCUGUACACGGUGGCGUUCGGGAUCCGCAACUUCGCCAGCGUGCCGGCGGCGCUGGCCGAGGCGCGGCGCGUGCUGCGGCCCGGCGGCGUGUUCGCGUGCCUCGAGUUCGGCAAGGUGGCGCCGCCCCCCGGCGCCGUCGCCGCCGCCGCCGCCCCCUGGCACCUUCUCGACGCGCUCUACCGCCGCUGGAGCUUCGCCGCCAUCCCCCUCCUCGGCCAGCUCGUCGCCGCCGACCGCGACUCCUACCAGUACCUCGUCGAGAGCAUCCAGCGCUUCCCCGCCCAGCCCGACUUCUGCCGCCUCAUCCGCGACGCCGGCUUCCUCGUCAGCCGCGAGCGCCCCUGGGAGGACCUCACCGCCGGCAUCGCCGCCAUACACAAGGGCGUCAAGCCCCUCGGCUGAAAAGAAAACUAACUAACACAGUCGGCCCGCCUCGCGGUGGUACCUAUGGACGCGCCCGCCGCGUCGUGUACAUGCCUCGGCACGCUCUCGCGCAGUCUGCGAGGGAGGGCUCGACGGGGUAUCCGGCACGCUAGCGAUAGUGCGCUGGGCCGCAGAGAGGGGAAAGGGGAGGAAAAGG